AAUCGAAAGCUGGUAAAAAGGUUCAAAAACUGAAAGAGGGAAUUAAAAAACCGGUAUUGUUGAUAUAUGGUUUGGUUUGUGAAAAAUUGCCAGAUGUUUGAUGAUAUAUUUUAAAUUUCAAAAGGCUGAAUAUUCUUUUUAUUUCGAAAUGCUGACAAGUUAGCCACCAGAGGGGGCAGUUUGGGGGAGAGGUGGGUGAAAAGGGGUAUUUGUUCAGUAGUCAGUCCCACCAGAGGAUAUAUUUUGUCGUGUUCGUUAUUGGACUUCUCAUUUACAUUAGUUUUUUUCCUAACCAUUUUUUUCAUAAUUAAAAAACGAGUUAAUUGUGAGAUGGCUCCUAGGCAUCAACAGCAGAAAUCCGAAGUGCCUAAUGAUUCCUCUGGGAACGUUUCGAGGAUUCAGGAAGCUUAUGAAAUUAAACGCAUGGAAGAAGAUCUUUAUAACAGUACAGAAAAUUACAUUGUAUCAGAAAUUCAAAAGAAAACCCGAAAAUCGGACAAGUAUUAUGAAGUUUUGAAGGACCCACUAUAUUCAGAGCUGUGCAGAAUACGAAAUGAUCGAAAGAAACUAGUAACGGAACAAGAAGCUCUUUUAAAGAAGUUAACGGAUACUGAGAUGCCCACCAAGUCUGUUGAUUUUUCAUCGGAUGAAAUGUACUUCGAUUUUAUGGAUGUUGGUAUGGAAAUCGAGGUAACCAGCAAUGAGGAGAAAGUAGUUGAGGAUGAGGGAAUUUUUAUGAAGGAGAUGAAAAAUGCAGAAAAAUCUGAAAACUCGGCUAGUAAACAUCAACGUAAAAGAGAGCGAAUGGAUGAAAAAGAAAACGAUUUCGAGUCAUUUUUCAUCUCCAUAUCAGAAAGGACAAAAAGAAGCAAAAGAAGUUGUCGAAAAUGAAUUUCGAUCAAGAUCCUUUUUGCGAGUUUUGUAACGAAAUACUACAGAAAUAUAAAUAAGUAAAAUGGAAAAAUGAGAUUGAAGGACGGAAAAAAAAUCCUGAUCCAAGAGUUUUAAUCCAAGAGUUUUAAUGAAAAUGUUACUUGAUUAUAGACAAAACAUUUUGUAUGUGAAUGAUUACAUGUUAUUAUAAUUAUAAUUUUUCAUUAUUUCAUUUUUAAUAUUUUCAUGCUCAUACUAUUCAAUGUUCAUUUAAUUACAGCUGCAGUGAGAUGAAAAUGACGAAAAUUAUGUCAAUUUGAAAGAGUUUU